UAGCUUAGUCAGAAAAAAUUUAAUUUUUAUUAUCUAUACGUUUUUGUUUACAAGAACAUAUAUAUAUAUAUAUAUAUAUAAUACAUAUGUAGAAUAUAGUUUGCAUAUUAUCUAAUAAUCUAACACUAUGGUUCUACCAACAUAUAUAAUAUUAUUAUUUUAUUUACAUUCAUUUUUAUGUAAAGGAGAAAAUAUUGUAUUAAUUAUUGCUGAUGAUUUAGAUCUAGUUCUAGAUGGGAUGACACCAAUGAAGAAUACGUUAAAUCUUAUUGGAGGUAAAGGUGCAACAUUUUUAAAUCAAUUCGUAGCAUCUCCAAUUUGUUGUCCUAACAGAGCUUCCAUUCUAACCGGUAGAUAUCAACAUAAUCAUUUAACAGUAAAUAAUUCUAUUUCUGGAGGUUGUAAUAGUAUUGAAUGGCAAGAAAGACAAGAACCUAAUACGUUUGCUGCACAUUUAAAAAAUGAAAUGAAUUAUAUUACAUUUUAUGCUGGAAAAUAUUUGAAUAAGUAUGGAAGCAAAAGUGUUGGUGGGGUCAACCAUAUUCCACCAGGUUGGGAUUGGUGGGCUGCGCUUGUUGGGAACUCAAAAUAUUACAAUUAUACCUUGUCUAUUAAUGGUACAAAAAAAGAAUAUGGAGAUGAACCUGAGGAUUACCUCACAGAUGUGAUAGCCAAUUUAGUUAAGGAAUUUUUUAAUCGAUACAAUUCCAACGAUAAUCCUUUUCUAAUGGUAUUGUCGCCUCCUGCACCUCAUGCACCUUUUACACCAGCUGAUAAACAUUGGUUGGUCAAAAGAGGACCGUCGCCUCUUCCACAAAAAAUAUUGCCAAAAUUAGACGAAAUUUAUAGGCGAAGAUGGGAGAGCCUUUUAGCUGUCGAUGAACUCGUUAAAAGUGUACAUGACUUGUUAGAACAGAAAGAUCUUUUGAAAGAUACAUAUAUUAUUUUUACAUCGGAUAAUGGAUAUCAUAUCGGACAAUUCAGUAUGCCAAUGGAUAAACGUCAACCAUACGAAACUGAUAUAAGAAUUCCAUUACUGAUCAGUGGUCCUGGAAUACCUCACUCGACGGUAACUAAACCAAUUAGUAGCGUAGAUUUAUUUGCUACGAUCUUACAGAUAGCUGGCUUAGAACAUCCCUCGGAUGGUAUAUCUUUCUUAAGAAAAACAUUGUCGAACGAUCGAACAGUUUUAAUAGAAUAUAGAGGAGAAAAGUCAAAUUAUAAGCCAAAUACUGGAUGUCCUAGUGAUAAUGAUCUAAAUCUAGCUCUUUGCAAUCAAGAAUUGGCUUGUAAAUGCGAGGAUGCCAGAAAUAAUACUUACAGCUGUAUUAGACGUAUUUCUCCGUUACACGAUAAUAUUUUUUGUAUAUUCGAAGACAACGAGGCAUACAUCGAGGCUUACGAUUUAACACAGGACAAUUAUCAAAUGAAUAACAUCGGCUAUAGUAUGAAACGUGAACAUAGAUAUAAGUUUAGAAAACGUCUUAAAAAGAUGGUUUCUUGUCAGGAUAAUGAAUGUAUUUUUACAAACUUAGGAAAUACGUAUUAUUAAUUAUCCUAUAGAGAAAAAGAAAAGAGAGUGAACUAUUAUUAAUUAUUAUUAGUAUUAUAAUUUUAAAAUACACAUAGAUAAUAUUCAUAAUAAAAAUGUCUGUAAUAUAGAGUUAUUUUUCGUUACUCUAAUAUAACAAAUGGCUGGGUAUUGAAAGUUUGAAGUGCCGAUAGCCGUCUUACUUCGCAUUAUUGCGUUUAUGGAAAUCGCGUAUGGCGGAUAGGUCGUGAAUCUGGAUAUAAGAAUAACUCGCAGCUUCCUCUCUCGGAGCUGCCUCCCUAUCGAGCUGUUUUCUUAGCAAAUAUUUUUAUUAAACCCCGCGGUUUCGAAUAUCUGAAUAGCAAUCGCGCUAUUUGGUAGGGAAAGAGAGAGAGAGAGUAGAACGAUCCAGAUAAAACGUACAAACUUUAACUUCUCCAUUGUGAGAUAUUUUUUCAACUAAAACGUUUUGAAUUCUAUACGGAUUUGCGCCGAACGAAUAGGCGAGAGGAUAGAGAUACAUAUGUAUAUCCAUAGAUAGAUAGAUCGGUCGAUUAAUAUAUAUUAUAUGUGUAUAGUAUAUAUAUA